CGUGUUGUAUACAUCCAACAGUCAUAAUAACGAAGUUAAAUCGCGUCAUCGAACAUUUUCGCAGAAAUGAGCGAAUGUCGUUAAUGCGAGUCACGUGUUCCAGAAGCGAAAUGGGAUUCGCGCCCGUCAAUUGCGAAUUCAGACUAUCUUCCGUCAUGACUCAAACUAUACAUAUAUUUAUUGAUUCACGUCACCAUAUCUGAAGGCUUGAGAGAUCUUUAGAAAAAUAUGCAAUAAAUGCUCGAGCGACACAAGCCCUUAUGUGCAAUCGUGCGCGGGAAAAUCUCUCGCUUUGUUUCUAUUGGAAUUCUGUCACGCCGCUUCUGUCACGGAUCGAGCGCGAUGUCAACUGUUACGUAUAAUAAACAUGUGUCACGUAUUGUGUCACGUAUAAUAAACAUACGUUUAUCUGUCUAACGAACAUUAACGAUAAAAUGAUAAAACGCUUCUUCGACUUGAUAUUAGGUGUUGUGUAAACAACGUCGGUGACGUGUAGUGUCAUGACAUAUGUCGAUGUUAAUAGAUGAUGGGACAGUUCAUCACUACUCCUUGGAUUUCGACUUCACCAACUUCACGCGUCAUGUUCGAUGUAGAGGGUGACAACGGCUUGAUGUUGUACAAUCGGUACCUGCCGGUCGAAUUGCUGGUAGAGAUCUUUUGCCGCGCCGAUUGUAAAACUCUGCUGACAUGCCAAUUGGUAUGUAAACGCUGGCAGAUGAUGAUACAGAAAUACGUCUGGCACAAAAAGGCGGAACAGACACUGGGCAAAGCAUUUCCAUGGCACGAAGAUGUACCCUGGUCUGUAUUCUAUUUCAUAUGCAAGAAGCAGCCAUAUGAGAGAAAUUUGAUGAAGAAUCAUUCUGGUAUGGAAGGUAUGGAUUAUUGGACAAUAACUUAUAACAGUGGUGAUUGUUGGACAGUUGAGGAACCACCUGCUGGUGUACCAGAAUUGCCGACUACCGAACUAAUGUUUAAAGAAAGACAUACUUGUUUUACAACAUCCUUUCACACUUGUAUCAAAGAACAAAGUGUAGAUCUAGUGGCUGAGGGUAUUCAUCCAUAUGUCCUAGAUACCAUGCAACCAUCCAUAACGGUGAGUGAAUGGUAUAGUUGUCGAUGGGACUGUCCAGCAAUAUAUCAAUUGAAAGUUAGAUUGUUAAAAGAUGAGAAAGAUACAGAAGUAUUGGAUGAGUUUCAAUUCCAUGACAUUCUGGAGGGAGACAAGCAGAAUAAAUGGCUUCACGUUUCACAUGUAUUCAAAAAUUAUGGAUCUGGUGUCAGAGUUAUUACCUUCGAACAUGGUGGAAAGGAUAGAUCAUAUUGGGCAGGACAUUAUGGCAGUAAAAUGGCCGGAGCAUGCAUUUUUAUAGAAGUUCCAUCAAAUAAUUUUACUUGUGACAACGAAGAUUUACUAAAACAAUCAAAAGAAAGGUCAACCAAAAGGUUACCGGAAGUUACUAAAGUUAUUUUAUGAGACUCUCUUUCUACUUUUCUAAAACAAAAUUUAUAUGAUAAAACAACGAUUGUUGAUUGAAUAAGAUUGAGUGAUAUAAAGUUUAAGUUUAUAAAAUUUGUAAAUAUAUUAACUUGUUAUACUACUUAAUGAAAACUUUACUAUA